AUGGCGGACACAAAAUCCCCUCCAUCAUAUAAAGACGAGAAAAUCGAAUAUGAUUUACAAUCUGAAGAACAGGUUGUUGUAGAUAACAUCAGUGCAUAUCCUGAAGAGACUCAAUUCACCUGGCGUGCAACUAUUGUCGGCUCUCUUUUGGGUUGUUUAGUUGCUGCAUCAAACACUUACUUGGGUCUUAAGAUUGGUUGGACAUUUGGUGCAUCACUUUUUGGUGCCAUCUUUUCAUUUGCCUUAAUUAAGCCUUUGUCUAAAAUCAUUCCACCCAAGUGGGGUGGUGGCUACUUUGGCCCUAAAGAAAACUGUACUGCUCAAUCUGCAGCUACCACUGCUGGUGGUCUUUCUGCUGGUUUCGUCUCAGGUAUUCCUGCUAUGUAUAAACUCGGCCUUAUGACAACACCUAGAGAAGAUGCUGCUGCUCUUGUUUUAUUCACUAUUUCUUGUGCCUUUUAUGGUCUUUUCUUCGCUGUCCCCCUUCGCCAACACUUUGUCGUCAAGCAGGACUUGACUUUCCCUACUCCCCGUGCUGCUGCCACAACCAUCAUCUCUCUCCAUAAUACCAUUGACGGUGAAAAAGAAGCCAUGAAGAAAGCUAUGUGGAUGGGUAUCUGGUUCGCCAUUUCUUUCUUCUGGAACUUGAUUGCUUACUGGGUCUCUUUCUUUGACACUAUCCAUAUUCUCUGGUGGAUCGGUCACAGUGCCAACUACAUUCCUCUCAUGAGUGCUGAUGAAACCUGGGGCUGGAACUUCCGUUGGGAUUUCCCCUUCUUCGGUGCUGGUUUGAUGACUCCCGGUUCUACUGUCAACACUUUCUUUAUUUCUUCUGUCAUUGUCUACGGUAUCAUUGGUCCUUGUUUGGUCCAAAACGGUUACUUUGUCCAAGCAAUGGGUAUCACUACUAAAGGUCCUACUACUCAAUCUUUCUUCUUAUGGCCUGGUAUUGCUCUCAUGGUCUUGACUACUUUUGCCGAACUCUUUGUCCACUACGAUACUCUUUGGCGUGGUGUAAAGGGUGGUGUUGUCAGUAUCUAUGAUGGCUGCAAAUCUGGUUACUACCUCUUCCGCUCCCGUGUUUUGAAGAAGGACUUGUCUGAAGCUCAACUCAAGCACAUGAACAGUGAAUUGCCCCAAGAUGAAAUCUUCAAGGAAAGCGAAUUGGUCCCUACCUGGUGGUGGGUUUCUGGUACUCUCAUCUCUAUCAUCUUCACUUGUGCCAUCAUGGGUGAAUACUUUGGUAUGCCUGUCUACCAAUCUAUCGUUGCUGUCAUUCUUGGUUUUAUCUUUUCUUUCGUUGGUGUUCAAGCUGCUGGUGAAACUGAUAUCAAUCCCACUGGUUCCAUUGGUAAAAUGUCCCAACUUGUCUUUGCCGGCAUGCCUCAUGAUACCAUCAACCAACUCCGUAAGAACAACUUAAUGGCUGGUAACAUCUCCGCUUCUGCUGCUGCUCAAUCUGUCGACAUGGUUGGUGAUUUGAAGACCGGGCAAUUGGUUGGCGCUUCUCCUCGAUCUCAAUUCUGGGCUCAAUUCGUCGCCUCUUUUUUUGCUAUCGGUAUCUCUGUUGGUCUCUUCAUUCUUUUCGCUGAGGCUUAUCCUUGUGUCAUCAGUGCUGAAGAUACUAAAUGUGAAUUUGGUUUAGUUGCCGUCAGAGCUUGGUACAACGUUACCUUAUUGUUGACAGGUGGUGGUGAACCUCUUACUCGCGAAGGUAUCAUUGUUACUGCUGUCUGUGCUGCCGUUGGUGCUGUUGGUCCUUUUGUUCGUGAAUUCUUGAUUCCUAAAAAAUACCACUGUUACUUCCCCUCCAUUUCUGCUAUCGGUAUUGCCAUGAUUAACACUAGCCCUGAAGUACCUUUGUCCAUGUUCAUUGGUUGGGCUGGUAGUAAGAUCUGGAAGCGUGUCAACCCUACUGCUUUUGAUAAUUACAUGUACAGUACUGCUGGUGGUAUGAUUGCUGGUCAGGGUAUCUCCGCUAUUCUUCAAGCCGUCUUCAAGUUGAAGAAUGUUGAACCCUAUACUUUCUAUGCUUCCUGCAUUGAAGGUCUCCAAGCCAACUGUCCUUAA